GUUCACUCAAAUAUGUCUCUUUUGCAUUCCGAGACAACAAAUUUUUCUAAAGAGGUGGAAUCUUCUAUGCUUUGUUUGGGAACCCCAUAUCAAUAUGGUGACUUUCACGCUAUAAUGGAUUCAUCAGAAUUUAACAAUAACUCUUACCGAAAUCAGGUAAUUAGUCUACAAGGAUCAAGCUCAUCAAAAACUCCUGAAGUGAAAAUAAGUAGGUCAACGAAUUACAAUGGAGAAGGUGAUGAUCGUAUUACCAAACAAAUAAAGGUUAAUCCACAAAUAUCGGAUGAUGAUGAUCAACAACAUAACCUAACUCUUAAUCUUUUUUGAGAAAACAAACAAGCUAAACACCUUGUAGUUUUAUUAAACAUGUGUUACUUUUAACAUAUGCAAUUAUGGUAGUUUGUGUCCUUUGAAUAGACAAAAUUAA